AUGACUACAAAUAAGGAUUCUAUCAAUAAAGGCGUGGAAACGUUUAUUGAUAACAAAGCAGGUAGUGACUACAGCGGUAGCGAUGAAGCACACAAGGAUUUUGAAGAAGAGGUUUCUAAAGCGAUCUUGAUCAAGUCUGAAGCGGAGAAGAGACUUGUACGAAAAAUCAAUUAUACGCUUCUACCUUUUGUUGGCGCAAUCGUUUUCAUUCAGUUUGUUGAUAAAUCAACACUUAGUAUUGCCGCUGUCCUUGGGAUUAUUCAAGACACUAAAUUAAGCGGAACACAAUAUAGUUGGUUAGGUUCCUUCUUUUAUCUCGGAUAUAUUUGUUUUCAAAUACCAAACAAUUACCUUUUACAAAAAUUCCGCAUCUCCCGUUACCUUGGUGUACUUCUUAUUCUCUGGGGUAUCGUUAUGGGCUGCACGGCUCUUUGCAACACUUUUGCCCAACUAGCUGCCACCCGCGUCCUUUUGGGCUUAUUUGAAGCUGGCACUUAUCCCUCCUUGCUUAUCAUUCUGAACAGCGUCUACCGUCGAUCGGAGCAGUCGGCUGCAUACGGCUUCCUUUGGUUAAGUAACGGCUCGGGCACGAUGGUUGGGGCUGCCUGCGCCUAUGGUAUUUCUUAUAUCAAUAAUGCAAACGGCAUUCAUUCUUGGCGAUGGCCAUAUAUCAUCUGGGGCUCCUUGACUGUUCUUUUUGGUAUUAUUGUCUUCUUCUUUUUGCCCGACACACCGACAUCGUAUAUGUUUCGCUUGACAGAAGAAGAAAAAGGCAUAGUGGAAGAGCGAACGAAGGAUAAUGCAGUUGUGCGUGUGUACGAAAUCAAGACGCGGCAUAUAUGGGAGGCCUUGCGCGAGCCUCGACUCUGGCUGGUCUGUUUAUCUACAUUUUGCAACAAUCUUCAUACAGGUGGUUUAGUCGUAUUUAGUACAUUGAUCGUGCGCAGCGUGGGCUUCACUAGUCAGGAAUCUAUUCUUAUGCAAGUACCUAGCGGUUGUGUAUCUGCUCUGUUGUCUCUGUUGGGAGUCUGGGUUGCUCGAAAGACAGGACAGCUUUACUUUUCAGUUGUCGUUUGCACAACUAUAUCAAUGAUUGGAGUCAUCUUACUCGCUGUAUUACCCUUAACAGGUGUCAAAUUGCUGGGCUAUUUUUUAGCUUGGGCAGAGAAUGGCACAGCCGUCAUGCUAUUGACAAUCAUUGCUUCCAAUGUAACUGGAUACACCAAAAAGAUUUUUUAUAACGGCAUGAACAUUAUCUUUUUCACACUUGGUAACUUUGUUGGUCCACUUCUCAUGCUGGAACAUGAGGCUCCUGCUUACAAGACCGGUAUGAUCAUAUACUGCAUUGGUAAUGCAGCUAUUUUAGUGAUGCUUUUUGUCGCACGUCAAUUGAUGGCAUCAGAGAAUAAGAAACGAUUGAGUAAUCCACCGGGGGAAAAAUACGAUGUCAACGAUGAUUUGACAGAUCAGGAAAACAAGUCAUUUAUCUAUAAACUCUAG